AACUGGGCCGGCGGGCGCGGCGCAGUGCAUCCUGGGUCAGCGUAGCCAUGGCGGCUCGUGUCCUUUCCGCUUGUGUCCGCCGACUGCCUGCGGCCUUCGCGCCGCUGCCCCGGGUCCCCACGCUGGCCGCAAUCCGGCCGCUCAGCAACACCCUCUGCCCCGCGGGGGCCCGGACGAAGCCUGGGGUUCCGCAUCCUGCCUCGGUGCUCGCGCAGGUUCCAGUAACACAGUUGUGCCGCCAGUAUAGUGAUGCGCCCCCUUUGACGUUAGAGGGAAUCAAGGACCGUGUUCUUUAUGUCUUGAAACUCUAUGACAAGAUCGACCCUGAAAAGCUCUCGGUAAAUUCCCACUUUAUGAAAGACCUGGGCUUAGACAGUUUGGACCAAGUGGAGAUUAUCAUGGCCAUGGAGGACGAAUUCGGGUUUGAAAUCCCUGAUACAGAUGCUGAGAAGUUAAUGUGUCCACAAGAAAUUGUAGAUUACAUUGCAGAUAAGAAGGAUGUUUAUGAAUAAAAUAUCAGGUCCCUUCUGGUUAUCUGCCACUCAAAGGGGGCCGGCCUUAGUGAUCAUCUUUAUCCUUGAGACGGGCCGUGAACAAUUCAUUCUUGGACAGGACUUCCUUGAUUGUCAGCCCUCCUCAUAAAAGCAGUCUUGUACAAAACACUGAGCAAGGUAACCCAGAAGCGGAGCCCUCUACUGCCCUCAGUUACCCACCCGAAGCCAGCCCAGCCUGAUGUCCCAGAAGUUGUGAGAUGGCCUGAAGCUUAAUCAGGCAGGAGAGGCCUCCUGGGUAAGAGGAUGGACUCUGGAGUCAGACACUGGACUUGAUUCUCAGCUCUGUCCGGGUCUGUAAGUCUGGUGACCUUGGGCAGGCUGUCUAGCCUCUAAACCUGCUUCCUCAUAUGUAAAAUGGGGAUAAUGACAGGACCUACCUGGGAAUUUUGUGGUGGAGAAAGUUGGUAGUGUAUGCAGAUCACUUACAACCAUGCUUGAUGGUAAAGAAGCCUGUCAGUAGUAGACAUUAGCUAUUGUUAUUUAGACUCUAAUCAAGUGAUUGACUUUUUAAAUACAACAUUGUAUCGAGUAUCUAUAACUUUAGUUACCCUGGAUUGAGCACCUCCAAGUCCCUAAAAGUCAGUGCACCAAAGAGAAACACUGAAUUUACUUUGUUUUUGCCAGACCCCUUUUUUUCACUGAGAGAAGACUCAGAAGAUGCUGGCAAGUGUCUGGAAGUGAGAACGCGUUUUGGCAUUAUUGCUGCCUUUGACAGAGUAAUUCUGUUUAGACUUGUAUUUAAAUUGUCUGUUUUGCCCUUUGAAAAUAAAUCUAUAAAACCAA